UGAAUUUAAGGAACCAUAUCAAUUUUGAGUGCGACAAAGCACCGAGGUUCAAGUGCUUUUACUGUGAGUUUAGGAAUGCUUAUGAGCCUAGGAUCAAAACUCACUGCAAGAACAAGCAUCCGCUUGAGGAACCGAGAUGCGUUACAUUAAUCAGCUAAUUUUUGGAGAUUAUCAUCAUUACUACAAUGUAAAAGCAGAACUUCACAUGUCGGGUAUGUCGAGAACUGGAACCAGGUUUAAAUGCACCCACCCGAACUGCACGCGGACCUUCAAGAACAAAACGGAACGGAACUUUCAUUCCAAGAACAUCUGCAACAAGCCGCUGAGGUGGAAGUGCGGGCACUGCGACUACAGGUCCUUCUGCGCAGGUCACAUUCGCAGACAUUCGCGUUCCAAGCACAAGAACCUGGAACCUCAACCUAUUGAGCUCUACAAUCCACAUCUUGAAACGCGCAAGUAUAGGUGCCCGAACCCGAAUUGCGACAAGAAGUACAAACAAAGGGCUAAUUUGGUUAACCAUAUUAAUCAUGAGUGUGAUAAGGAACCGAGAUUCAAGUGCUUCUACUGCGAUUUCAAGAACGCUUUUGAGCCAAGGAUUAUGAAACACUGCAGGGAUAAACACUCCCUUCAAAUUCCGAGGAGUGUUACUAUGAUGAAAUAGGCUUAGAGGUUUAAGUUUAACUGUUCAGGUUCCUGGAACAACGUAGAAAAAUUCUCAGAGGAACUUUGCGAGAUUUUUUUAUAUUUCUAGAUUAAAAUUUUAUUUUUUAUUAUU